ACCCAUGCGUUCGACUCGAAAGCCAACCACGCGAGCUGUCACCAUUUCAACGAGCCCAAGCCCGAUUCUCACCACCAUCUGUGUUAGUAGGUAGCCUCGAUAUGUCCAGGCCUCAGAGGCUUGCCCCUUCGCGAGAUUUUCCAGCAAUACAGAGGCGCAUCCACGCGAUGUCGCCUCCACCAAUGGGCUCCCCUUAUGCUUCGCACAUAUCAACAGUACCGCCGCAACAACACACACCACUGAUGUCACCUCCGGCCCUGUCACAUGGCAACCGCUCCGCACCCGUGAGCCCAGACGAUGGGCAGCUUAUACACAAUGCCGGAAGCGAGCAAUGGCCGCUAAUGCAGCAGUAUGCCAACCUUUAUCACCGCCAUACUGAGCCACUCUUUGACGGACUCUGGAUCUCGUCUGAUGGACGGCAGGGCCAAGCAUGCACUGGUGUGAGUGCAAACCUUUUUGUGCAGCAUCCAGAAAUGGCCGAUAUGGCAGGAAGUCUCAAACAAAAGUCCAAUGGGCUAUAUGAUGGUCAGAACUUCUCGCAGUACUGGGAUGCCCAACAGGGGGUGCAGCAGUUUCCGUACCAAGGAGCCUCAGACACACGCGAUCAGCUAUGAGCACCGCGAGUAUCGCAUGUCAUUUUCUAUUGAUAUCCGCUUGUCGUAUCUGUGUUUCGAUGUCAA